AUGCUCUGGCUAAUAUACACGCACAUCAGUCCCUCACACGCACUACUUGUACUUUACAGUUUCAAAGCGGGUGACCUCGGCAACUAUUCAUUUGAAAUAAUUGUAUACAUCAUUGGGUAUGUUGCCCGCCACAAAGACACUCUGGCCUGUGAUGCCCUCAAGGGAGAAGCCACACGGCUUUCUUCUAGUAAGAGAUCUCGCUCCCUGUCGGUGUGCGACGACCGACUACAGCCAGAAGCUCAAUCGGCCACAAACAAGAGAAAACGUAGCCAGUCUCUGUCAACAGCGGAUGACUUCAACAGCCCGAGCUUCCGUGGUAUUUCUUUCAAAAUAAGUGAGUUGGAUGAACACACUAGACAGUUUUUGGGCAUGGUCCGGUACAUUGGUGAUGACUUUCCAAUACAAAUAUUCCAACGUACGUAUAAGAGUUUGACGUGGGGAAAAGAUGGAGAACCGGUUCCCCCUCCCCCUGGAACUAUAAUCUUUGAAGGCCAUGAACACACCGUUCGCAUUCUCACAGAGGAUGAAUACAUUCAGCCUUCGCCAGACGGGGCUACAUUGAGGAAAUAUCUCGCCAUGAAAGCCAUUGUAUACGCUUACCCUAAGGACCCACAGUUACUACCAGCAGCGUAUACUGUGAUAAGCACCUCGUUCUUACCGUUUCUCGAACGAAUUCUGGACGAAAUAAGGCUGGACCGCCUAGAUGAAGAUACCUUAGAGGUUGGAAUAGAUACCUGUAUCUCUGCGUCAAACUUUGGUGACAUAUCCCGGAGAAGAGUUGCAAUUGCCCAUGCAGAAAAAAUGGCAAACCAGUUGAAGUGCUCCUUCAUUACAGCAAGAGUUCAGCUGCGAAAGGCCACCCUGGCAAGGUUGUACCCCGGUAGAGCCGUUUCAAGUCUGCAAGAUCUCGAGAUGCCUACGGUAGAUAACCGUUCAAACGCAGAGCUUGGAAAACUGAUUCUAUUGCAAGCGCGAACACAGAUGGAAAACAUAGACUUUUUUGGGGCCGUCUACCAAACUUUCGAUCAAUUCUGCCCCAAUUUCCUACGGGCCAAGCUUCACAGAUAUCGCGGGAGCUUCGAACGCGCCAAGGAAGCCCUUACGAGAUCUAUGGAAGCCCUGAAAAACCGCAACAACAAGACCAUGAUUCAUUAUUAUGAAACUCUUUGCGAGGCUGGCAAUCCGUCUGGAGCUAUAAAGCUGUUGAAAGCCGAAUAUGAAGAGCUAUUAGCGAAGGAAAUGGGACAAACUGGCUAUGGCAGGAGGUUGACGGUGGCAUUGGGAGGUGCUUAUCUGUUCAAGGCUCUUGUUGACCAUGACCAUGACUCGCGAGAGAAAGCCAGGGAGCUCUUUGAGAGUGUGCAAUGGGUGACGGAACCAAGCAUAGUGACGAAGCAUAACGAUUACGUUACUAAUGCUAGUCUUGGCAUGAUUUAUCUUCUCCGGGCCGAGUGGGACAUGUCUAUGACAUAUUGGGACAAAGCUUAUACAGCUGCCCGGGACUGCUUUUCAAGGGUCGGCCACGCAGAGAUGGUCAUCCGAUACGCUCAAACUGAGAUAUUGCACAGGAUGGGCCAACAUUCAGAAGCUCUGGUCAAAGCUGCUGAUGCAAAAAAACAUUUCCGACAAUGCGGGGGCAGGCAAUACUUUUUUUUUUGGGUCAAGGGGCAGCCUGGCUUGACAAACUUAACGAGCUUGUAA